AUGACAGUGCUCUCGGUAGUCAAUUGCCCAGUACGAUACGACUCAUUUCGCCGUGGAGUUGUUGCAGUACCAAACGAUCGGACAGGGAUAAUCACAUCGCCAGCCUGCGAAGAGGCUAUCCGAUUAGCUCAGUAUGCUAAGUAUUCUGCUUGGUCACCCAUUACUGGAGCGCCUGACACAUCAGAUCCAAUGGGCCAGCAUUUCUCUCAACCUCUGCCUCUGACAUUCGGUCGUGUGCCGCCCGAGAUAGAGCAUGUUUCUCUUUCUGGAAUACACACAGUCCGAACAAUUGAGGACAUUUUAGGAGGCAAAGUUAACUCUGGGUUCGGAAUUGUAUUCGCUAUGUUGACAAAGCUUCCUUUGGAUAGUGAAGAUGUCAUUCGGCAUGUUCGACUCUCCUGUUCAAACUGCCAACGUCGAAUGCAUGCCUGUUUGAAUGAUGGUGAUGGUUCGACAACAGAAGUAUCUACUCUAUUCACCUGCCUUACUCCUGACUGUCCACACUCUGGACAAUGCUUUGACCCCCUGGACUUGGAGCAUGUCAUAUCAUGA